UAAGCUCUCCCCGCAACAGCACCAGGUCCGCCGCUGAAAAUGGCUAACGUACUCCAGUGCUUCCAACACCGCCUCAUUUAUUCCAUCUCAUUCUCCACAGCGAAAAUCAUCAGAACAAAAAGAGCUAAUCUUUUUCUACUUCCGCACCUCCAAAACCUUCUCUUUGUAUCUCACACCUCCAAAACCCUAACCCUAAAAUCCCAUCUCUCCCAACAAGGUCACCACCACCGCCACUACCAUUAUCCCACUCUAGAACUGAAAUUCCAGAAAUGCCCUUCCCCUGACUCUCUUUUUACAUUUUAUUCUGCAGAAAAGACGACAGUUCUUCCGAAGGAUGAGCGCUUGGGUUCCAACUCCAGCGCGGGAUCGUCCGACGGUUCAAGCACCAUCGCCGCCAUCGUUACUUCCUUGGGCGGCAGGCCGGGAGCGGUCGGGAUUGUACGGCUAUCCGGUCCUUCGGCAGUGGCCAUUGCGGGCCUCGUCUUUCAGCCUGCAAAGACGAAGAAGAAGAAGCAAGGCUCAAGUCCGUGGAGCCCAAUCAGCCACUUUGUGGAGUAUGGUGUUGUAUCUGAUCUUGAAGGGAAUGUCGUUGAUGAGGUUUUGGCGAUACCCAUGUUGGCACCAAGAUCUUACACUAGAGAGGAUGUGGUGGAGCUCCAAUGCCACGGGAGUGAUGUGUGCCUGCAUCGUGUAUUGAGAGCUUGUUUAGAGGCAGGGGCAAGGCUCGCAGAACCUGGCGAGUUCACUCUCCGUGCUUUUCUCAAUGGACGCUUAGAUCUUUCUCAAGCUGAAAAUGUUGGAAAAAUCAUUUCAGCUAAAUCUGUUGCUGCUGCAGAUACUGCAUUGGCAGGGAUCCAGGGCGGGUUUUCUGCUUUAGUCAAAUCAUUGAGAACACAGUGCAUCGAGUUGCUUUCAGAAAUUGAAGCUCGUUUGGAUUUUGAUGAUGAAAUGCCGCCCCUAGAUAUAAAUUUUUUGAUGGACAGCAUAGAUGCUAUGUGGCAAGAUGUGCAGAAGGCAUUAGACACUGCCAGCUAUGAUAAGCUUCUACAAUCUGGAUUGCAGAUAGCAAUUGUUGGGCGGCCAAAUGUUGGGAAGUCGAGCCUCCUUAACGCAUGGAGCAAAAGUGAUAGGGCUAUUGUUACGGAGAUUGCUGGGACUACGAGGGAUGUGGUAGAAGCUAGUGUGACAGUUCAGGGGAUACCUGUGACUCUUCUUGAUACUGCUGGUAUCAGGGAGAGUGAUGAUAUUGUGGAGAGGAUUGGUGUCCAGAGGUCGGAGGCAGUUGCUAUGGGUGCUGAUGUGAUUAUCAUGACAGUAAGUGCCAUUGAUGGGUGGACAUCAGAUGAUACAAAAAUCCUAGAGUGGAUCCAAAAUAAUCAGAAAUCAACAGGUUCCCCUACACCUGUAAUCCUUGUAAUUAACAAGAUCGACUGCGUUCCAUCUGCUGUUGAACUCUUCGAGGCAAAUAGUGGCCAAUUUAGCAAGCGUGUUCUAACAUGUGCCGUUACUGGGCAAGGAGUACAGGAACUAGAAUCUGCAAUACUAGAAAUCUUGGGCCUUGAUCAGAUCCCUGCAGGGGGACGCCGGUGGACUGUUAACCAGAGGCACUGCGAACAGCUUCUUCGUACCAGGGAAGCACUAUCAAGGUUGAAGUCGUCAAUAGAGGAGGAAAUGCCAUUGGAUUUUUGGACCAUUGAGUUGAGGGAAGCUGCAUUGGCACUUGGGCAGAUAAGCGGGAUCGAUAUCUCUGAAGAAAUCUUAUCUAACAUCUUUGGCAAGUUUUGCAUUGGCAAAUGAUUGUGGGUUUUGAUUCUUGACCACAGAUGAUGUAAUUUUUGCAUAUCACUCCACAAUGGGUAGAAAUGCUUAGUACAUUGAAAUGGGUUAUUGGUUAAA